AUGUCUGCUUCACUUAAAAUGUCAAAAUAUGAUAAAUGGGUAAAGCAAUUUGUUGAAAAUGUUGAUGUUUUAUCACAUGAAUUUUGCGAUAUGAACUAUGAUGAAAAUCAUGGUAAUAGUCAAUCUAAAGCAUCUUUGGCUGAUAUAACUAAAUGUUUUGAUAAUUCAGAUUUUACUGAUACAAUUGUAAAAUUAUACGAUCAUUUUGCUGAAAGGUCAAAGAUUGAUGGUGGGAAAGAUUUUUGUAAUUUUCUUAAACGAUUUAUUUAUGCUUUGGAUCAUGUUGAAAACAAUGAUGAAUAUGCAUUUAUAAUGGCAAAGCAUAUGCUGAAUAGUUUACAUUCUUUUAAACUUGAACAUGUUUCAAUUAGAAUAUUGAUGGGAUUAAUUCAGAAUAUUAUUUUUUUUAUUAGUAGUUCAAAUCUUCUUGAAUUAGCUGGUCUGAUAAAUUCAAAAAUAAAUGAAUCUAAAGUUGGAAAUGAAUUACCGGAACAUUUUUUAAUUGGUUCAACAUUAAUUUUACGGAGAAUUUGCAUGUUUAACGAAUUAUCGGAUAAGGGUAUGGAUGGACAGUCAGGAGUUGAAUUUAUUCAGCUAUUUUUCUUUAGUAUUUUAGAAGAUACUAAUUCUUCAGGAUCUUGUGAUGCAUUCCGUUUAACAUCCUACUUUAAUGUUCCAGAUAUUUAUAGAUUAUACAUUGAAAAUGUUUUUUCAAAUUCUUUUGAGUCUUUUACAACUUCUGAACGCGCUAAUUUUCUUAAAAAAUGCUUUAACUUUUUACAAGACAUGGAUGACAAAGACGUACAUAUGUUGUUUGAGAAGUACUUUCAAUGUUGGAAACAAUUAUCUUCUAUUGAGUUAAUAGAAGCUAAGCCUAUGUUUGUUGAAUUUUAUGAACUCAUUUCUAAAGAUGAAUUAAUUGUAUGUAGAUUACUUUCAAUAUUAAAAUCUUCAAUGACAUCUGUUAUGAAUUCUUCUUUUGGAUUCAUUGUUGCUAUAAUUUUAUGUUCAUCAAAGAUUCUCACUGAAAAGGCUGUAAAAGAUGUUGUCGAUAUUUUUAUACGUCUUUGGAAAAGUUCUUUUGAAUUAGAUAAUAAUGCUUGGUUAAUCCAUGUUAUUGGAACUUCUCCAGUUUCUACAUGGAAGGAAAAAUUUAGUGUUUUAUUUGAAGUUUUUGAUUUAGAUGAAGAAUAUAAAUCUAUGUUUAUGCCUGGAAUAGAAGAUUUAUGUUUAUCUUUAAUUUCAUACAAGACAAAAGAAAGUAAUAAUGAUGUGAAGAAAAAUGUUAUUUGUGGAGAAGAUUCUAUAGCAUUUCUUGGAAAAUGGAUUUUUUUGAAGAUAAUAACUAUGGAUGAAAUGACAUUUUGCAAAUGCAUUGAAUGCCUUUUCAAAUUAAUAAAGAAUUCAAUUUGUAAUGGCAGUGCAUGUAUUUUCUUUAUUGAUAUUUUAAUUAAUGUUGUUAAAAGAGAUAAAGAAAAACUAAGCGAAUGUUGGAAAUUAAUAUCUAAUUUUAUUGAAAAUAUUUUUAAAGCCCCAGAUGGUGAUUUAUGUUGUACAGUUAUUCGUGCAUUACUUCCAAUAAUAAUGGAACAUGUAGAAUUGCGAAAGAUUGUACUUGAGGAAGUUAAAAGUUGUAUGAGGCAAACAACAACUCACGAUAAAGUUAUUCCUCUUCUUUUUUAUUUAUUACGUGCCGUGACAGAACAAGCGGAUGUAGUUGAAAUGAAUAAUUAUUCACAAUCAUUUGCUACUUAUGCUACACUUUCUGCAAAAAAUGGUUACAAAAAAUCUCCAGAUGAAGUUAUAGCUCUUGAUAUUUAUGCAAUUAUAAAAAAAAGUUUACUUAAAGGAGCUACAACUAAGUCAAUUUUGUACAAAAAUUUGAUUGACAAUUGUGUUAAAAAUAGCAAUAUUAUUCCUCAUUCACUUCAUUUGUUGUUGGAAGAAAUGUAUAAUAUUAAUGACGUGUCAAUGGAUGAAAUUGUUACAUCUGAUAAUGGCAUCAUAAUCAUUAACAAACCAUUACCACAAUUGAUAGCUGCAAUAACUAGAAUAAUUAGACUUUCUGUUCUUCGGGAUAUCAAUAAUAGUGUUGUGGAAAGUAAUGCAUUUAAACUUGAAGAAAAAGUUGAGUUAAUAUUAAAUCAAGUAAAAGAAAAAUCUUUAGAUGAUUUUCAAAUUUCUAGUGAUUUUUGUAUGUCUAUAAAUAAUAUUGAAGGAGCGAAAAAUAUUGUUUAUGCAAAAUUGAUGCUUCAGAUGUAUAAUAUUUCUCUAGAAUAUAUGUGGAGUUUUGGUGAUAUAAUAAACAAGAAACAAUCUUGUGAAUCAUUUAUUAAUUUAUUAACGAAUCGUGAGAAAUUACAAAAUAUUCUUUCAACUGUAAAAAAAAAUAAUGUAAAAAUUAAGGGACAUAAUUUAACAAGUUGUUUUGAUAAAUUAAGUCCAGUUGAGUUAGAUGAUAAAAUUUUGUCAUCUAUGUUAAAUACAGUUGUUUCACUUGAAGAAGAAGGAAACAAUGAAAAAGUUUUAACAGAAGAAAAUCGUAUUGUAUUAACUAAAUUUGUUGUUCAAUGUUUCCAUGAAAAAAUUAUAAAUAUAGAUGCCUUUAACGUUCAUGGAACUCUUAGUAUGAAAAUGUUAUCAAGUAUUGCUACAAACCUUUAUCACAUAUUUUACGUAAAAAAAGGUUCAUUUUUUUCAUUAAUUCCUUUUAAUGAUAAUAUAAGAACUCUUGCAUUAGAAACUUUUAUCCACAUUCUAAUAUAUAUAACAAAAAAGUAUGAAGCCAAUUCAGAAUCUACAUUAGCUAUUAUUUUUAAAGAAAUUCUAGCAUUCCAUGAUAGUAAUGGUGACACUCAAAUAAAACCAAUAUCUGAGGAUAAAUAUAUUAAUACCAUAGGAACUUACUAUUGCUUCUUUGUAUUUUCUGGUAUAGCAUCUACAAUUUCUGCAGAGGAAGAAUUUUUAAGUAACCCCAAAGAAAUCUUAAGAAGAGGUGAAGCAUUUCUUAAACUUUUUAAUCACAUUGUUGAUAUCAUACCAAAUUCAUAUUGUUCUGUUAAAAAACGAUUUCUUCUUGAUGCUUGUAAAUUAACUAUGAAGAUUUAUUCAAAAAAGAAUUUAACACAAAUAACUGACAUUGCAAAUGAACUCUGGAAACUUGUUUUUAAACUUGUGUUUUCCUCACAAAUAUACAGUAACGGUAGUAUUAAUAAAAUGUUAUCAACAGUUAUUGAUUCCAUCACUAUUAUACUUGCAUCAACAGGAACGGAUGAUGAAAAAUACCUUAAAAGAACAUUAAAAUCUAUAACUUACGAAAAUGUAAAUGACAUUUUUAAUAUGCAUGUUAAAAUCAUUCAAAAGAUGAUUCAUAAUGUAGAAACUUCUGUUCAUAUAUAUUCCCAUUUAUAUCUUGACUUUACUGAUCAGUUUCUUACUUUACUUUUUAAUGAUUGUGACAUGAUUAUGAAAUAUGUUUGUGACAUUGUUGAAACUAGUAUUGACUAUGAUUGUAAUAAAAAUGUUGUUGCUGAGAUGCUUACGAAUUUAUAUAAGGCAUUAACAUCAAUAUUAAAUCAAUUUAUGUCUAAAUGUAAUCAGAAAAAAGAAAUGUUAGAAUGGAACUGCCUUGAAUCAUUAUCAUCAUUAAUUAAUGGUAACAUUUAUAAUAUAUAUAAAAUGAGUAAAGAAGGAUUUUUCAAUGAGACUAAUGAUUUUGAUAAUGAGGAAAAAACAAAUAGUACAAUGAAGAAAUUAAAAGCUGAAUAUAAAAAAAAUGAUACAAUUCUUCAUAAUUAUAAUUUAGCAAUUAAGUAUUUUGAAAUCGUCAUUCAAAGUACAUAUAAACGAGAAAUGAAGUGUGAAAAAUUUUUUUCAAUUUUUUAA